CCUUCAAAGGGAAUAAAUAUAAGAAACAUUGUAAUAUUGGACUUUAAACCAAAAUCUUCUAGACGCAUAAAAAAGUAACACCUUACUAAAUGUGUUAGAAAAUAGACUCAUAGUUUUCCUUUUUUUUCGGUUCAUCAGUCAGCUGACUUCCUCUUUCCUUUAUCUCCUGUCAAACGGCAACGUUGUUUCUUUACCGCUUCUCAGGCACAGCCACGCCCCCUUUAGGGGCAGACCGAGGGCGUGUCCAGACCGGAGAAGCGGUGGUAAAACUAACAAUUCUGUACAAUCAGCCAACAAACUUUGUCUUGUCGUCUCUUUCUGCAUGUCCAUCAAGCAUGCCACCACCAGUCUCUCUCCCAGGGCUGCUUCUGACAUUUCUGAGUAUUUUUCAUGCCGAAGCGCUUAAACCUCACCUUUUAAGCAGACGCAGCGUGAUAAGAAGUUCUUCCCAACACAGGAGUGUUUCUUACAAAACUCUGUAUUUUGAUCAGCAGAUCGACCACUUUGGGUUUUUGGAGAAUGGCAUGUUCAAGCAGAGGUACCUUGUUAACGACCAGCACUGGCACACGAACAACGGCCCAAUUCUGUUUUAUACCGGCAAUGAAGGAGACAUCACAUGGUUUUGUAACAACACGGGUUUCAUGUGGGACAUAGCAGAGGAACUGGGAGCCAUGCUGGUUUUUGCAGAACAUCGCUACUAUGGAGAAUCCAUGCCAUUUGGAAAUGAGUCUUACAGUAACGCCAAGUACCUGAACUACCUGACAUCCGAGCAGGCGCUAGCUGACUUCGCAGUACUGAUUAAGUCGCUAAAGAAGAUGGUGCCAGGAGCCCAGAACAGUCCUGUCAUUGCUAUUGGAGGUUCCUAUGGCGGAAUGCUGGCUGCUUGGCUGAGGAUGAAAUAUCCCAAUGUAGUCGUAGGUGCUUUAGCUGCAUCUGCUCCAAUCUGGCAAUUCACUGACCUGGUGCCUUGCGGGGACUUCCACAAAAUAGUCACCCAGGACUUUGCCAAUAGCGGCGUUAACUGCAGCAAAAACAUCAGAAGAUCAUGGACAGCGAUCAACAAUAUGACCCCAACAGCUGAAGGUUUGCAGUGGCUGUCUAAGGAGUUUGGACUGUGUUCUCCACUGAAGGAAGAGGAUGUAAACGAUUUCAAGGCCUGGCUCCAGGAGACCUGGGUGAAUCUGGCGAUGGUUGAUUACCCUUACGAGGCCAACUUCCUCCAGCACCUUCCACCAUGGCCUAUUAAGGUUGUAUGCACGCACCUUCAGCUUGAUACUGAUGUGUCAGACAAGCAGCUGUUACACGCCAUUUCACAGGCAGUGAGAGUGUACUACAACUACACAGGCAGUGCUGUUUGUCUUAAUGUGUCUGAGACUGCUACUGGAAGUCUAGGAAUUAUGGGAUGGUUCUUCCAGACUUGCACAGAGAUGGUGAUGCCCAUGUGUACGGAUGGCGUUCAAGACAUGUUUGAGCCUGUGGCAUGGAACUUCCAAGCUUUCUCUGAUGAGUGCUAUGCUCUGUUUGGUGUACGGCCACGUGAGGACUGGGCUGAGACUGUGUAUGGUGGGAAGAACAUUAGCUCCCACAGCAACAUCAUCUUCAGUAAUGGAGGCCUUGACCCCUGGAUGAGUGGCGGGGUAACCAAGAGUCUCUCUGACUCUCUUGUUGCCAUUUUAAUUCCCGAUGGAGCUCAUCACCUUGAUUUACGCUUCAACAAUGAAUAUGACCCACAAUCAGUUCUCCUUACCCGACAACUGGAAGUAAAGUAUUUCAAGCAGUGGAUCAAACAGAAUGCAAGCGCACAAUAACCAGGACAGUAUAUGGAGACUGAUUAGGACUAAACCUUUCCUUAAGGAUAUCAACAGGCGGUGCUGUCCACCAAAGAUUUUUACUAAAACUGACCAAAAAAAGUGUGUUUGUAUGUAAAUUGAUUUUAAAAGAAUAUUUCACAAUAAGUUGGCUGAGUAUGUUUUUGUCCAGUUGUUAAAGUAAUUUUAGUAACUCGUGAGCCCAAGUUUAAUAUCAAAGAAAAAACAUUGUGUUAAACAUUGUGCUUAAUUAGAUUAAUAACAUACUCAAUAAUUCCAAAUCUUCUUAUGUAAAAUGAA